AUGUAGAUGCAUUUAAAGUUAGGGCAGAAGAGAAAUCCUACAAUAGUCCGGAAGCUGCUUGUUUCACUGCGGGGAGAGUGUCAGAGACAUAUCCCUGGGAACUACUGCAGUUUGCUUAACAAGGUGCCUGUCCCUUUAAACAGCAGCUGGUCUGUGAUCCCCACCCGCACAGCCACGUCCUGGUUUGGGUAAAGGUGGAAGUCCCAAACAGAGCAAAGAGUUGAUGGUGAAAUGGCAUCUGCACAGGAACUGGAGAACAUGAGAAAUGAAGCCACUUGUUUAAUCUGUCUGCAGUUUUACAUGGAUCCGGUGUCUAUAGACUGUGGCCACAACUUCUGCAGAGCCUGUAUUUUACAGUAUUGGGGCACAGGGCAAGGAAGUGUGUCCUGUCCACAGUGCAGGCUGCAGAUUCCCCAGAGGAGUGUUCGGCCCAAUCGCUUUGUGUCUAACAUGGUGGAGAGUAUUCGAAGACUGAGCCUGAAUCCGAGACUGGAAGAGGUGGGAAUCCAGUGUGAAGAACACGAGGAGAAGUUGAAACUGUUUUGUGAAACGGAUCAAAGAGCGAUCUGUGUGGUCUGUGCGAUGUCCAGUGACCACAAGGAUCACACAGUCAUUCCCAUUAAAGAAGCAGCUGAGCUCCGCAAGCAAAAGCUGCAGGAAGCCCUGGAAAUCCUUCAGAAACAGUUGGAUGAAAUGUCCCAGUGUCAGAGAGAAGAAGGAGCUUCUCAACUGGAAGUGAAGAGACAAGCCGAGCGUCUGAGGAAGAACAUCAACGCUGAAUUUGCUAAACGUCACCAGCUGCUGACUGAGGAGCAGCGAGACCUGAUCACCAAACUCAGACAGCAGGAGGAGGCCAUCUUAGGACAAAUAGAAAACAAUACGAGACACAUUUCCAAGGAAAUUACUUCAAUUAACCAAAGAAUAGCAGAAAUCCAGACACGACUGAAUCUGCAGAACACAGAAUUCCUGAAGGACAUCACAUCCAUCAUUGAGAGGUCUGGUGUUGAAAUCAAGAAACCCACAAAAGUGGCUGUUGAUGUGGCUGAGGGGGACCUUAUUGGGCCUCUGCAGAGCAGAGAGUGGAAAUUCAUGUUAAAGGGCAUCUUUGCAGCUCCAGCCUCUGUGAAUCUGGAUCCUAAAACAGCCCAUCCCAGCCUCAUCCUGUCUAAGGACCGGAUCCGAGUGAGACUCGGUUUCCGACAGCAACAGGUUCCUAACAACUUGGAGAGAUUCAGUCACUGGCCCAGUGUCCUGGGAUCUGAGGGGUUCACAUCAGGGAGACAUUACUGGGAGGUGGGGGUGGGGAACAACACAUACUGGAUAGUGGGGGUGGCCCAAGAGUCAGUGCCCAGGAAGGAAAGUUUCACACAUGGACCUGAGGCUGGAGUCUGGGCUCUGAGGCUGCUUAAUGGGUUAUAUCAAGCUCUAACCACACCUCUUACCACCCUCCCCCUGAGUGUGAGCCCCCGGGUGCUGGGCGUGUACCUGGACUAUGCGGGAGGACAGGUGUCGCUGUACGACGCUGACCAUAUGUCUCAUUUCUUCACAUUUACCCACACGUUCACCGGGAAACUCUUCCCUUACUUCAGCACAUGGCGGGACACUGACCUAACACUGAUCCGCUGACAGGAGUGAGGGCGACAAAUCAGAGCAAGGGUAUAAUAAUAAUAAUCCUUGCAUUUGAUAUAGUGCUUUUCACGUCU